AUGGAGAGCAAGAACCUCACCUCUAAAUGUUUUUACCAUAAACAUUUUCAAAAUGGGGUGAGGAAUGCAGCACAUAAUCAUUUUUUCCGCUUGUUUUUCUGUUUGUGGUUUAUAUUGGUGCCAGUGUUUGGUGAAGAGCGUUGGGAUGGAGUUGUUGUGACACAGUCAAACUUCCUAGCACUUCAGGCAUUCAAGCAAGAGUUGGUUGAUCCCAAAGGCUUCUUGAAAAGCUGGAAUGACAGUGGCUAUGGAGCUUGUUCUGGAGGUUGGGUUGGUAUCAAGUGUGCCCAGGGACAGGUUAUUGUGAUCCAGCUUCCAUGGAAGGGGUUGCGGGGGCAUAUCACCGAGAGGAUUGGCCAACUUCAGGGGCUAAGAAAGCUUAGUCUCCACGAUAACCAAAUUGGCGGUUCUAUCCCUUCAGCACUGGGACUUCUUCUCAAUCUAAGAGGGGUUCAACUCUUCAACAAUAGGUUCACAGGGUCCAUCCCUCCUUCAUUAGGUUCCUGUCCUUUGCUUCAGUCUUUAGACCUCAGUAACAAUUUGCUCGGUGGAACAAUCCCAAUGAGCCUUGGAAAUGCCACUAAGCUUUAUUGGCUUAACUUGAGCUAUAAUUCCUUCUCUGGCCCCGUACCAACUAGCCUAACUCGCUUAACUUCUCUCACCUACUUAUCUCUUCAACACAAUAAUCUUUCAGGAUCUAUUCCAAACUCAUGGGGUGGUAGCAUGAGGAAUCACUUCUUUCGGCUCCAAAAUCUGAUCCUAGAUCAUAACUUCUUGAGUGGAAGCAUUCCUGCUUCUUUGGGCAACUUAAGUGAGCUCACAGAGAUUUCUCUUAGUCAUAACCAGCUUAGAGGAGCUAUCCCAAAUGAAAUAGGAAGCCUUCCUAGACUUAAUACAGUCGAUUUUUCUAGUAAUGCCUUGAAUGGAAGCUUGCCUGCCACUCUCUCUAAUGUAUCCGCACUCACUCUCUUGAAUGUAGAGAACAACCACCUUGGCAAUCAAAUCCCCGAAGCUUUAGGAAGAUUGCACAAUCUCUCUGUUCUAGUUCUGAGCAGAAACCAAUUUAGUGGCCCCAUUCCUCAAAGUAUUGGAAACAUUUCAAACCUUACACAGCUUGAUUUGUCACUGAAUAAUCUCAGUGGAGAAAUUCCAGCCUCCUUGGACGAUCUGCGUAGUCUUAAUUUCUUCAAUGUUUCUCAUAACAACCUCUCUGGUCCAGUUCCAACCCUACUUGCCCAAAAAUUUAAUUCGAGCUCAUUUGUGGGAAAUAUUCAACUAUGUGGGUAUAGCCCUUCUACCCCAUGUCCCUCGUCAGCUCCUUUUGGUUCACCUCCAAAAAUAUCAGAAGACCACCAGCACAAGAAACUAGGCACCAAAGACAUAAUUCUCAUAGUAGCAGGAGUGCUCCUUGUAGUCCUGGUAACACUUUGCUGCAUUCUGCUAUUCUGCCUGAUCAGAAAAAGAACAGCAUCAAAUGCAGAGGGUGGCCAGGCCACAGGGAGAGCAUCUGCUGCCAGGACAGAAAAAGGAGUCCCUCCUGUCGCAGGUGAAGCUGAAGCGGGAGGUGGCGAGGCUGGAGGUAAACUAGUCCAUUUUGACGGACCAUUGGCUUUUACAGCUGAUGACCUCUUGUGUGCAACGGCGGAGAUAAUGGGAAAGAGUACUUAUGGAACUGUAUACAAGGCUACAUUAGAGGAUGGAAGUCAAGCUGCAGUCAAACGAUUGAGAGAAAAGAUCACGAAAGGUCAAAGAGAAUUCGAAUCUGAAGUUAGUGUUAUAGGAAGAAUUCGACACCCAAAUCUUUUGGCAUUGAGAGCCUAUUACUUGGGACCCAAAGGAGAAAAGCUUCUAGUAUUUGAUUACAUGCCCAAUGGAAGUCUUGCUUCUUUCCUACAUGCUCGUGGGCCCGAAACAACCAUUGAUUGGCCAACAAGGAUGAGAAUAGCGCAGGGAAUGGCUCGUGGUUUGUUAUACCUUCAUUCCAAUGAGAACAUUAUACAUGGGAACCUUACGUCCAGUAAUGUGCUGCUGGAUGAAUAUACGAAUGCUAAAAUAGCUGAUUUUGGUCUUUCUCGGUUGAUGACAACUGCUGCUAAUUCUAACGUAAUUGCCACCGCUGGAGCAUUGGGAUACCGAGCACCUGAGCUCUCUAAGCUUAAAAAAGCCAACACAAAAACUGAUGUAUACAGUCUUGGUGUCAUCUUGUUAGAACUCCUAACGGGGAAGCCACCUGGUGAGGCUUUGAAUGGCGUGGAUUUACCUCAGUGGGUUGCCUCCAUUGUCAAAGAGGAGUGGACAAAUGAAGUUUUCGAUGUAGAGUUGAUGAGAGAUGCUUCAACAUAUGGCGACGAGAUGCUGAACACGUUGAAGCUUGUUUUGCAUUGUGUUGAUCCUUCUCCAUCAGCACGACCAGAAAUCCAGCAAGUCCUUCAGCAGCUUGAAGAGAUUAGACCGGAGAUAUCCGCCAGUUCGGGCGACGAUGGAGCCAUCCCUUCGGCCAGUGAAUGA